AUGAAAACUGCAACUGUUUCAACAAUUCUUCUUCUAACACUCGUUUCAUUCACUAAUGCUGGCAGUUUUGAUAACCCGGUAUGCCAGGAAACACCGCGGAACACCGAUGUUCCUACUGGAGGGGUUCUUUUCAUUUUCAUGAUUGGAUUUGGUGAUAAGGAUGAGGUGAGUUGUGUUUUUGUGUUUAGUAAUUUCAACUGGAAAAAUCUUUCAGACACAAAAAGUAUUCUAUGCUUUGAAACAAACUACUUGCUGGCUUCCAACGGUUGCGGGAGCAAGUGCGGCUGUUUUUCCGGCUGGUCACGCUACAAUCGAUAUUCAAGACUCACAACAUUUCAAUGAAACCCGGAACUCAUUGAAGAAAUUUGCUGAUUCGAAUCAUCAACGAGAUCUUGGAACAUUCCAGAAAGAUAUUGAAACUUUGAAAACUCUUAACAGCACGUUUAAAGGAUUCGAGAAAAUUAUCAUCAUUGCUCAACAGCGGAAAGUCGACUUUUUUAUUUCUUAUUAUGACUUGUUCCUUAACUCUCAGUUCGAUGCUAGAUUCACAUUCUCACUCAUCCGUAUGAAUGCCGCGAAUAUGAUAUAUCCAUCACUUAAUAUUGACAGCAUUGGUCAGAUGAAUUUGGAUGAAGGUGAGAUUUUGCAUUAAUCCUAAUGAAAUAAUAGUCUACAGGGUGACCCAUAAUUAUUGUCGCGUGAGUUGAACUUAUUUGAACUUAUACUAAAACUUUUUUUUAUCUACAAUUCUUCUAUUCACAGGUAAUUUAGUAACUAUUUGAGACGUUUGACGUUCGAAAAAAUUUGAAAAAUUGAAAAAAAAAAUUCAAAAAAUUUCAUUUUUUCUAUCAUAAACUGAGAAAAUUUCCCAAAUUUUAGGCAAAAUUGUAAAUAUUACUACCAAAGAUCAUUUUCCGGAUUUUCCGAGUAACAUUGUUAAAAUUCGAAAUCUUGCUCUACCUACAGAGGUUCAAAGUUGCGACAAAAAUUAUGUGUCACCCUGUAAAUCUUGCAGCAAUUGCUUCCGACAAACUCCGCCUAGCCACUAGAAGCUUGUAAGUGAAAAUCCAUCGAUUUAAUCAAGAAUCUGAAUUGAUUUCAGCAUGGAUGAUAUCUUGGGUCGCCCACGAACAACAGAUCCACUUCCAUCAUUAACAACACCAACUCCACCAAAAGAAGAAGAAGAAUUUCCAUGGAUUUAUGUGAUUAUUGGAGGUGUUGUUGUUGUGAUUCUUGUGAUUCUUGCGAUUGUUGGUCUCACAUUGUUCUGUAUUUGUCGGAAAAGGAAGAAGAAUAAGAAGGAGAAGAAGAGCAAUGGAGAUUGUGAAAAACAGAAAUCCAAGAAGCCGACUGGAAAAUCUACUGAACCUGUAUCUGGAGCUUCACCACAAUCACCAGGUUUGAUGAAAGAGAAGAAAAAGAAGUCGACACUCAGCGAAUCUUCGAGUCGAAAGAGCAAGACUCAACAAGAUCACAAAACCGCAUCGAAGAAAACUUGA